AAUCUACCACCGUGAUUGAGUGUCGGAGGAGCUGAUUUUUCUGUUACUGCCACUCCUAACUUAUCUUAAAUUGAUUUUUGUUUAUUUCUUUCAAUCAUAUUCGCAAAUUUCUCUCCCCUUCCUUCCUACAAUGGCGGAAAACACCGACCCACCGCCAUUAACACCACCCGCUAAAGAUCUAAUCGCACUUCAUCUUCGCCGCGAACCUUUCGAGUAUGGCCUUCUUCCUAUCCCUAAACUCAUCUUCGCUGAUCCUUCCGUUACUCUUGGAUCUCUCAAAGAAAAGCUUCUUCAACACGCUUCUUCUUCUUCUUCUUCUGAUUCGCUUCGAGUCAACUCAUCCGCCAUUGCUGAUUCCCUUCAAAUCUCUCCCGAACAUUCUCGACUUGUUCUUGAUAUUCUAGCAUCUGUUCUUCAUUCCGAUUCCGAUCCUCUUGUUGUUGCCAAACCGGAAGAUGUAGAAUCUGUUGGAGUGAAUGUGUUUGAUUUGAUUUUGUUUCUGUAUAUUCAGUCUUAUAAAAGACUUCUUCCUAGAAGUCGUAAGGAUUCUGCUGCCGUUGGUGAUGUAUGGCCUUCUACUUCUGCUUUUGAUGGAUACUUGUCUGCUCUUUCUCCGCUUCAGCUUGUGCGCUGCAAUACUCGCAAAUUCAUGCCAUCGCAAGCAGAUGAAGAAGCUCAUCUGUUAUCCUACUUACAAAAGCACUUGGCAAAUAUUCUUACCCUUUUAGCUGAGCCAAUUGAAGGGGGAGGCGACGAAGCUCUGGUAUUACCCUUGGAAAGGUUUGAACAUCUCGGCUUUCUGAUUCAUUUUGGUGUGAAAGGAUCUGAAGCCAUAACAAUGAGCCAAGCGGCACCGUUUUUUGCAAAUUCAGACCCUGAUAUGCCUGCUGCACCUGUACCUGCAACUCAAGUUCAUGACUGGCUUUUGCAAAAAAUAGAUGAUGCUUUAGAACGUAUAGGUGAGAAGUCCCCUGCAAAGGAAAAUGGUCCAUCAAGUGGUUCUGAUAAUGACUUUGCUAUGGCUGAUGCUAAUACAAGUUCGGCUAAGGCUUCAACUAGUUCCAGAGGCUUGACCUUUAUUGAAGGGAUCUCUAAGUCUUCUUUUGUAAAGCAAGCAGCUGAAGUAGGCUCUUCACUUAAGGUGCUAAAUUGUCAUGACUCAGUUAUUUAUGUUUUAGCACCAUUGAGAUAUGCCACUAUAUAUGGCUGCUCUGAUGCAACCAUAGUUCUUGGAGCUGUUGGCAAGGCUUUAAGAGUGGAACAUUGCGAGCGAGUUCAUGUCAUCUCUGCAGCUAAACGAAUUUGUAUCGCCAACUGUCGUGAAUGCAUGUUUUUCUUGGGAGUCAAUCAACGUCCUCUUAUUGUUGGUGAUAACCAUAAGCUGCAGGUGGCACCAUACAAUACUUUUUAUCCACAGUUGGAGGAGCAUAUGUGUCAAGUUGGUGUUGAGCCCACCAUCAACUUGUGGAAUGAGCCUUUGGCACUGGGUGUGGUUGAUCCACAUGAUUCAUUAUCACAUCCGGCAGGAGUUUCGGAUGUUCAAACUGAGCCAGCUGCACUGGUGGAUCCUGAUCAAUUUACGAACUUUUUGAUUCCAAAUUGGUUUGGUGGUGAAGAUCUUGGAGCCACUAAAGGCAACCCGUUUUCUUUAUCUGAAGCUUAUAUGGCCUCUCAGCAAAAAAAUAAUACAAACCUCGGAGAGGUUAAGCAAGUCCUGCAAGAAACCCCGCUUGACGAGGGCAAGAAGCGAGAACUCUCAUGUGCACUUCACGUAUUAUUCAAAGAUUGGUUAUACGCUUCUGGGAAUAUUCGCCAACUAUAUUGCUUACAGGGAGACUAAUGCAUACUUGUGCUGCAAAAGCAUUUAUCGAGAUGGUGUGAAGAAUGUUCCUCCACUCUCGUCUUCAACUGGAAAUUCCCAUAUUUGUUCGAAAUCUUUCGAGUUGAUGAUAUAUGCAACUUGUAACCAGGCUUACAUAGUAGUCUGAUGUAUUUGCAUAAUUAUAAAAUAGCAUUAGGGCAGGGAACAUGUUUUGCACUAGGUUAAUCUCAUCCUUAAUUUUUCGUGUUAGAAAAACAUUUAGUUUUUGUAGUUUCACAAACUGUGAAAUUUGUUACUGAAGUUUGCUCUGUACUGAUUGCAUAUCUUAAUUUAUUCAAAUGAAGCAUUAUUCUUGUUU